GUUUUCCAACAGAACUGGGGUCAGAGGCAGCAAAGGAGAGAAGGAAGGAUUUUUUAAGUAGGGAAAACCCAACCAAGCUUGGAUUCCAUUGUUCUAAACCAGGAGGCUCCACCUUGCUAUGAGCAGGCGGGAUGGAUCCAGAAGAGCAGGAUUUGCUGGGGGAUUACAGGUACAGGAAUUAUUGUUCAGCCAUUGAGAAAGCUUUGAGGAACUUUGAAUCAUCCAGCGAAUGGGCAGACCUGAUCUCUUCCCUUGGCAAGCUCAACAAGAUAAAGUCUUUGUGUGUGUCAGUGCUGGAUUCCAAUGUCCUGGUGCAGAGGAACACUCUGGAAGCAAUCCUCUUCUUUUUCCCAUUUUAUACAGCUUUGGACUGCAAGGAAAGCACCAUCCUGCUCAGAAGGGCUGAUCUGGUUUAUAUCCUGUCCGCAGCCACUCAGACCCUGCUGAGGAGAGACAUGUCCCUCAACAGGAGAUUGUAUGCCUGGCUGCUAGGUUCUGAUAUUAAAGGUGGCACUUUUGCUCCAGACUCCACCACUUCUGAAGACCAUGCUGUUUAUUUCUUUGGAAAAUACUCUAAAGAUCUCUUGGUUGAGAGUUUGAUUGUGAUUCUGCAUCAGAAAUUCCCAGAGGCUGACCCAGAGGAGCAGCACCAGGCUUAUCUGAAACCCUUCCGGAUCCUUAUCAGCCUCCUGGACAAGCCUGAAAUAGGGCCACAGGUUGUUGGGGAUCUGUUCCUGGAAGUUCUUAGAGCUUUUUAUUCCUACUGCAAAGACACCCUGGGUUCUGAUCUCAAACUCAGCUACAACCAAAGUGGCAACACCCUGGCAAGAAACAAAUCCACGGGGAUGAGGUAUCCUCUGGAAAACGUGAGCGCUCCUCCCACCAUUUCAGAGCUGUGCACCCUGCUGGUGUUCCUGCUGGAUGUGAUUCCUCUGGAGCUCUACUCAGAGGUGCAGACUCAGUACCUGCCCCAGAUGCUCAGUUACAUGGUGCAGUCUCUCCUGGAAAACAUGGAAUUCUUGGGGCUGCCAGAGCUCACUCAUGCCUUAAAAACCUGUUUUAAGGUGCUCAGCAAGGUGCAAAUGCCCCCUUCCUACCUGGACACUGAGGCUGGCAGUGGCAACGGGCUGUGCCAGCACCUGCGGCUGCCCACCGUCACCCUGGGCACGGAUGAUGUCUGGAAAAAGGGAGGGAGCAUCCAGAAAACUCUGCGCUGCACCCAGGAGCUGGUGGCCAAGUUUGCCAGCAAAUACAUUUUUGGGAUGCAGCUCCAGGAAAUGAGUCCCGAAGGGAUCGCGGCGAUGAAUCCGAGUGGGAAGGAGAAAAAGGAGAAUGGCUACAGGUUACCUGAGAGCGGCAGCAAGAAGAAGAGUCCCUGGGAUGGCAAACAAAUCACUGUGCCCCAGGUGAAGCAAAUGCUCUCAGAGCUGUUCUCAGCCAGGGGCUCACCCUUCAGGAGCAAGAAUUCCACUGCUCUGCUCUCUGAGCACAAAAAGGAGAAGGAGGAGGAGGAGGAGUGGGACCUCGAGCUGGUGCUGGGGCCGCUCCGAGGGGACUGCAGGGAAGCUUUCUCUGCAGCUUGUCACCUGCUGCUGGACUGCACCACAUUCCCAGUGUACCUGUCUGAGGACGAGAUGGAACACUUGUACCUCUCUCUGUUCCAGGGGCCUGGUAAGAAUUUCCCUCUCCUGAGCAUUUUCAGGAGGCAAACAGGGAGAGCUUGGCUAUUUUCAAGACCAGAUCCAGUAAAAAACCCUUGGACUGGGCUGAAGGAAAAUUGGGAAUUAAAGCCUCACCCACCUCAGCGUCUGGGGUGUGUCUGCUUCCCACCAAUAACCAAUGUAUUCCAAUUUUGUUUCAACUUGGAAACCUCCCUAAAUCUCCUUUUUUUCCUUGCCAAGGGGACAAGGCUGGAGGCUCUGUUCAGGUUCUCUGUCAUGUGGCACCUGACCAGGGAGAUCCAAGGCAGCAGAGUGACCUCCCACAACCGCUCCUUUGAUAGCGCGGGGCUCAACCUCGUCAGGGCCGACUCCGAGAGGACUCAGGCCUCGGAGUCUCUGUCCAGUGACGAGGAGAUGGAGCUGGAGCUGCAGGAGAUGGCGCAGAGCAGGCUGCUGAGGCAGCAGAAGGAGAAGCAGGAGCUGGCAGAGGCCCUGUUCAAGCACACCCUGCUGUACCUGCAGCCCUACGACUCCCGGCGGGUGCUCUACGCCUUCUCCGUGCUGGAGGCCGUGCUCAAAACCAACCCCAAGGAGUUCAUGGAGGCUGUGGCCACCACCAGCGUGGACACCAGCUCCACAGCACACCUGAACCUCAUCUACAACCUCCUGGCUCGCCACCAGGAAGCUCUGGUAGGGCAGAGCUUCUACGGGAAGCUGCAGCCUCAGUCUCCCGCGGCGUGCCCGCACUCGCUGCUGAUCGAGCUGCUCACCUCGCUGUGCCUGCGCUUCCUGCGCUCCUACUACCCCUGCUGCCUGCCCCUGAGCCACAGGGACCUGCUGGCCAACAGGGACGUGCAGGUCAAGAGCGUGGAGGUGCUCAUCAGGAUGAUGGCCCAGCUGGCCAGCACGGCCAAGGCGGGCGAGCCCCGGAGCGUGGAGCUGAUCCGGGAGCUGCUGGGGCGGUGCCAGGUGCAGGAGCUGGUGCUGCUCUCGCUCUCGGCCUCCAUGUACGUCAGCCACAAGCGCUACCAGCUGCUGGCCGGUGGCACCAACCCCCAGGAGCAGGAGAUCUUCCAGGAGAGCCUCAUCAACUUUGGCCACGAUCAGAUCUGGAGCGAGCACCCUCUCCAGAUUGAGCUGCUGAAGCUGCUGCAGGUGCUGAUUGUCCUGGAGCACCACCUUGGCCAGAGGCCUGAGGAGCAGGAGAACCAGCCGGACCUGUCCAGGGAGUGGCAGCAGGCUCUGAACUUCCAGCAGGCCAUCGGGGCCAUGCAGUACGUGUACCCACACCCCAUCACCUCGCAGGGCUUGUUUGUCUCUGCCGUGGUGAGGGGGCUCCAGCCCGAGUACGGCCACGGCAUGCACCCCACAUGGGUGGCCUUGGUCACCAGCUCCCUGCCCUACUUUGGCAAGUCCUUGGGCUGGACCGUGGCCCCAUUUGUGGUGCAGAUCUGUAAAAACCUGGAUGAGCUUGUCAAGCAGUACGAGAAUGAAGCUGUGAAGACUUCUGCCAAAACAUCAGCCAGCUUCACUUGUAAAAGAGAAAAUGUGACUCCUGAUUACCCCCUGACCCUUCUGGAAGGGCUGACAACCAUCGGGCACUUCUGCCUUCUGGAUCAUCCCCAUCCCACAAAAAAGUCAUCCUGUUCAGCUGAACCUGCCAACCUGAGGAAUGCCAGGAAUGCCAUCCUGGAGGAGCUGCCCCGGAUUGUGAACACCAUGAGCCUGCUCUGGGGGGUCAUCAAGAGGGAAGACUCCCAAAAAAGACCGACUGACUUCUUUGGGACAGCCAAGGGCUCCUCUUCAGUCUACUUCAAAGCAACCAAGACAUUAAGAACAAAAAUAUUGGAUUUCCUGAAUCCCUUGACAGCACACCUUGGAAUCCAGCUGAUGGCAGCAACUGCUGCAGUGUGGAACAGCAAAAAACCUCACAGGAGUCACAGUAAAACCAAGAUUCUCCCAGUGGCCAGUGCAUCCCAGCUCAUUCUGGUGGAUUUAAUUUGUGCCCUGAACACGCUGAAAAUCGACACCAUCUUGUGUCUGGUCAAAGAGGUGGUGAAGAAACCAGCACAGAUCAAGGGGGAGGAGAAAUCCUCUCUGGUGGAUAUCCCAGUGCUGCAGUUCAGUUUUGCUUUCAUUCAGAGACUGCCUGUCCCAGCCCUGCAGGAGAAUUUCCAGCCCUUGUUGGGGCUCCUCAGAGAGUCAGUGCAGCUGAACUUGGCUCCUCCUGGCCACUUCCUCCUCCUCAGCAUCCUCAAUGACUUUGUGACAAGGACACCCACCCUGGAGAGCAAAAAGGACCAGAAAGACCUGCAGGAGGUGACCCAGAAGAUCCUGGAGGCUGUGGGCACCAUUGCUGGCUCUUCCCUGGAGCAGACCAGUUGGCUGAGCAGGAAUUUGGAAGUGAAAGCUCAGCCUCAGAUUUUACCAGAUGAAUUCAACACGGAGGAUGUCAAUGAUACAUCAGUGGCACCAUCUUCAAUGGUUUCUGCCUCUGCUCCUUCAAUCUACAGUGUGCAAGCCCUUUCUCUGCUGGCAGAGGUGCUGGCCUCCCUGCUGGACGUGGUGUACCGCAGUGACGAGAAGGACAAGGCCGUGCCCCUCAUCUCCCGCCUGCUCUACUUCGUGUUCCCCUACCUGAGGAACCACAGUGCCUACAACGUUCCCAGUUUCCGUGCUGGUGCUCAGCUGCUCAGCUCCCUGAGUGGGUACGCCUACACCAAGAGAGCCUGGAAGAAAGAAGUGCUGGAAUUGUACAUGGAUCCAUCUUUUUUCCAGAUGGACACUUCCUGCACUCACUGGAGAUCCAUCAUUGAUCAUCUCCUCACACAUGAGAAAACCAUGUUCAAGGAUUUGAUGACCAUGCAGAGCAGUGCCCUGAAGCUGUACCCCAGCUGUGAGCAGAAGGCCAUGCUGCUGAAGCGCCAG